AUGGCCCCCAUCCGCCGCUACCUCCGAAUCAGCAAAUACACGGUCCUCGAAAGUCGAAUCUACCUCGAGAACCCCUCCGAUAUCCGAUGGCUCCUGAAUGCGCGUGACGCCGUACUCCCACGCGUAUUCGCAGCGAUCCGGCCACUCGUGCUGCCCAAGUUACGUGAGGAGAAUGAGCGGUUGUUUGCGAAGAAGAAGGGAAAGCCGGUGAAGGAUGUUAUUUCUGAGGAGGAAUUCGAGGUUGCGCUGUUUUUGCGCGAGUCGAGGACGCGCCAUUCGCUUCUUACGAGGCAUAAGGAGUUUGGUGAGGAGGAGGAAGGGGGAUACGCUGUCAGGAGGGGGAUGGGAGGAGGUUCUGAUUCUGGGGCGGCUAGGGGUGGGAUCUUGAUUGAGAGUGAUGAGGAAGAGGGGUUGGAGAUGAGGGAUAUUCCACAGGCGAGUGGUGAUGAUGAUGAUGAUGAUAAUGCGGCUGGGGGGAAGCGCCAGCGGGAUGAUGCUGAUUGGCAGUCUGAUGAUUCGCCGGAGCGGCGGCGUACUUUGAAGAGGAGGAAGGAUGAGGGUACGCUAUCGCGAGAUGCUGAUGAUGGUGAUGACAAGAAGAUGCGCUUCAGGACCAAUUACGAGGGAUUCAAUAUCUACGGUUGGGUGCUGUGUCUGCUUGUCACGCGGAAAGGUGACAAAACAGGGACAAGAGCUGCACCGGCAGAACCUGGUCGUCAGGUCUUGAUGGAGGAAUGGAUAUCAAGCCAGGCUCAGGGCGAUCUGCCCGAAGAAUGA